AUGAGGUCUAUCUUAAUCACUGGUUGCAAUCGUGGACUUGGUCUGGGUCUAGUGAAACACCUGGUAAAAUUGUCAGAACCACCGGAGAAUAUCUUCGCAACUUGCCGAGACGCGAAUAAAGCAAAGAUUUGGUCAAUACAAAAGACUACAAUAAAAUAGUACAAAUCGUGGGCGAAAAAGUGGGCAAUGCAGGAUUAAAUGUUUUAUUCAAUAAUGCCGGAGUUAGUCCAAAAUUUACAAGGCUUAAUCUUGUAAAAGAGGAACAGCUUACAGAAACAUUUUUUGUAAACAGUGUAGCACCAAUUUUAUUAACAAAGGCAGUUUUACCAUUAUUAAAAAUAGCAUCUGAUAAUUUUGCAAACAAAUCAGAAAUGAAUGUUAAUAGAUCUGCAGUUAUUAACAUGUCUUCAAUUCUUGGGAGUAUUACUGACAAUGAUCAAGGUGGAUAUUAUCCUUAUAGAUGUAGCAAGGCAGCACUUAAUGCAGCUACAAAGUCAAUGAGUAUUGAUUUAAAGGAGAAUGGAAUUCUUGUUACUUGUUUACAUCCUGGUUGGGUUCGUACUGAUAUGGGAGGGAACAAUGCACCCAUAGAUGUUGAUACUAGUGUUACUAACAUUUUGACUACAUUAAAUUUGUUAACUCAAAAACAUACAGGUUGUUUUAUUCAAUAUGAUGGGAAAAUUUUACCU